UCGACCGCAGUGCACUGCGACGAUUGAGCGCUCUUUACGUAUAAUUUCGACGACAGCCUUGGCUGUAUGAACAUAACAACGCAUAAAGAAUCAUAACUGCUACUAACAAUUUAGCGGGAACAAGUUAAUUGCCUGUUUGAAAUUGUAGCUGUCUUGUUGCGAUCUAUCGCCCUGGAACCAGCAUCAUAAGAACUCGCACAGACUCCAUAUUGUCUAAGAGGUCUUUCGUCUGUGACAGCUUGAUGGGAAUACGGCAGAACCCCUGGACUCCAACUAAGCGACGUGGCCCUAUUGCUGCUGAAGCUGCCAGCCCUGGCCCAGCGGUCGUCUCUUUGCCUUCAUUAAUCGGCAAGCCGCCACCGGAGUCUCGUAAGUCGCGAGCCCCGGCGUACACGUUUGGCCACAAGUUGGAAGGGUUAGAUAGAAACAAAGCCGGCCCCGGACCCGCUACGUACAACACUGAGGGAAUGACUGCGAAAGGAAGAGCGACCGCUCCCGCGGUAUCUUUGCAUACAAGAUGGCCUCCGCUAAAAGUAGCACCCACGCCGGCCCCAUGCGAUUACGAGCCAAGUAAAGCAGCAAAAGCUGUUCUGGAUCAUGGGCCGGCGUUCUCUAUCGGUCUCCGAGUCAGAGUGCCUCAAGCAUCAAUCAACUCGCCAGCGCCAAACGUUUACUCCAUGCCACCAGUUCUCGGAGAAGCACGAGAGGGCAGUAAGCGCGCGCCACCGGCCUUCAGCAUCACCGGCAGAGGGAAGACAUCAGAGCCCAAGUAUCCCAUGCCAGGGCCUGGCACGUACACGACUGACAAAGCGAGCGCGGUUAUUGUCAGGAAACCACCCGCUUACACUAUGGCCCCAAGGCGAGAAAUCAAACCCCCAACAGCUACCGUUCCGGGGCCUGGCGUAUAUUGUCCGGAGAAGGCUGAAAUUCGAGGAAACGCAACAAGACAUACUUUUUCAAGUAAAAUGAAAAUUGAAAGGGUAGGUCAUGCUCCUGCACCAAAUGCUUAUAACCCUGAAAAAGCAGAUAGGAUUUUAAGAGAAAAAUCACCGGCUUUUUCAUUCAGUACAAGAACUCAAACUCAUAAAGUUCAUGAUGCACCUGCUCCAAAUAUCUAUUCACCCGAAAAGUCCCACAAAAUACUUGAUAAUGGACCUAAGUAUACAUUAGCUGGGAAAGGUACUGCUGAAAAACAUGAGGUUACACCAGCUCCUAACUCGUAUAAUCCACAACGAGCAGAUAAAAUAUUGCGCGGCAAUUCUCCAGCUUAUACAAUGCGAGCAAAAGAUUCUGUAGACAAAAUUGAACAAACACCUGGUCCAAAUGUAUAUUCCCCUGAAAAAUCAGUGCAAAUGUUUCACAGUACUCCUAAAUAUUCUUUAUCCGGUAAAGGACAUUCUAUAAAAAUAGAACAAACACCAGCCCCUAAUAGCUACACACCAGAAAAAGCAGAUAAAGUUUUACAUGGAAGUACGCCUUCAUAUACAUUUAGAGCUAAACCAGAACAGGUUAUAAGGAGUGAAUCUCCAGCACCGAAUGCAUAUGCUCCUGAAAAAUCCAUUCAGGCACUGUCAAAUCCUCCUAAAUUUACAAUGAGUGGUAAAGUACAUACAGAGAAAAUUAAUGAUACACCAGCUCCAAACGUCUAUAGUCUAGAUAGAGCUGAUAAAAUAUUGCAUGAAUCUUCACCAUCCUACUCUUUUAGAACUAAAGAACAUAUAAAUAAAACAGAAAACACUCCUGCGCCUAAUAACUAUGCACCUGAGAAAUCGUUUCGCAUGCUGGACAGCUCACCUAAAUAUACAAUAGCUGGAAAGGGAUCCAAUGCUAAAAUUGAAAAUGUACCUGCUCCCAACACUUAUUCUCCUGAAAAAGCCGAUAAGCUUAUGCAUGAAAGUACCCCAGCAUACACUUUUCGUUCAAAAAAUAUAAUUGAAAAACCUAGCAAUACACCAGCUCCGAAUGUAUAUGAUCUGCAUAUUCUUGACGGAAGUCCAAAAUAUAGUCUAUACGGUAGAGGUGCUGAUCCAAAAGUCACUGAUACUCCAGCUCCAAAUGCAUACGACCCACAGUUAAUAGAAAACAGCCCUAAAUUUACCAUGAAUGGAAGGGGACUUUCGACUAAGCAUGAUGAUGUACCAGCGCCUAACAAAUAUGAUCCUCAUUUACCGGAGAACUCGCCUAAAUUUUCCUUAGCAGGAAAAGGACGUGAUACCAAGCCAUCUGAUACACCAGGACCUAAUUAUUAUGACCCAAAUAUACCAAGUAGCACCCCUAAAUUUACUUUCUCGGGUAAAGGUCACGAUGGUAAACUGCCUGAUGUACCAGCUCCAAAUGCGUAUAACCCCAAACUGCUGGAUGGCACACCGAAGUAUUCUCUAUAUGGAAGAGGGAUAUCACCGAAACCAUCAGAUACACCAGGGCCUACUGCUUACGAUCCACAUUUAACUCACAAUUCUCCUAGUUAUACUAUGUCUGGAAAGCUACCUGAUGGAAAAAUUCCAGACGUUCCUGCACCGAAUGCGUAUGAUCCCCAUAUUCAAGAAGGUACUCAUAGGUAUACAAUGUUGGGUAAAGGUAAACCUGAUAAAAUAAAUGAUACACCCGCACCAAAUUGCUACUAUCCUAAUACAUACCCUCUCUAUGAAACGCCGCACUAUACAUUCGGAUACAAAAGACCAUCGCAUAAUCCUUAUAAUAAUCCCCCACCGAAUGCUUACUCUCCGGAAAAAGCAGAGAGUAUGCUUCAUGGUUCUUCUCCAGCUUAUACCUUCCGGCCCAAAAUCCCUGAUGGAAAAGUGUAUGAUACUCCAGCACCAAACGCAUAUAAUCCUGAAAAAGCGGAUAGAGUUUUGUUGGACAGUGCACCGAGGUACUCUUUUAGGAUUAAAACAAAGCUACCUAAAACUGAUGACAUCCCUGCACCGAAUAUGUACGAUCCUGAUAAAGCCGACAAGGUCUUACUUCCUGCAGCUCCUCAGUAUACCUUUAGGAUAAAAUCGGACGCAGUAAAACUUCCAGUUACUCCAGCACCCAACUCGUACACGAUACCGUCGGUUAACAAAACGCCACUUUAUACCAUAUCGGGAAGGCACAAGGAACCAAUUGACGAGCGCUUAAAAGUCCCAGCGCCGGGUACCUAUAACCCAGAGAAGAGUUACAACUUUGUCCUUACCUACUCACCUCAAUACACGUUUGGAGUUAAAAUUCAAACUGAUAAAUUUGUGGAAAGUCCAGCACCCAAUACGUACCGUAUCCCGUCUGUGUUGGAUACGCCUGUUUACACAAUAUCUGGUCGGCAUAAAGUUCCAACUGAUGAUCGAACUAAGGUACCGGCCCCUGGCACCUAUUCACCAGAAAAGGUGCAGCUGAGUAAGACACCGCAAAUUACUUUUGGCAUAAAACAUUCACCGUUACUGGGCCAAUUGAAACAAAUUAACACUAAAUCUGUUCAAUAUGAUAGUUUGCGAAACGAUACUAAGCCGACGAAUAUAAACGACAAUAAUUCUACCAAUAACGAUGAAUUGCGAAAAGAAAUAAUUACUAGAAUUACUAAUGGUGAUGUAACUCAUCAAAAGCAAAUAAAAAACACUAAUGAUACUAACAUUAGUGUUGAGAACACUCGUACACAAAUCACAAAUAUUAAAACUCAAGAUGAUGUAAGAACUUCUACAGUAGCUCCGGACCAAGUUCAAGAAACACUGACUCAAGAGAUCGUUUGGGUUCCUGAACAGCAACCUCGCCGUGGCUCAUAUACGAUCGAGAAAUCUGAUGGAAAUUCCUUCUUAGAAAGAUAUGAAAAUAAUGAAGUUAUCCCCGUACAAAACGGAGUUAGGAGAGUCACAGGUAGUGGAGAACAAAGUGCAUCUAACGCAGAAGAACGUAGUAGUGAGAUGAUACAAAGAGAGGGUUUCGUUCAAAACAUCGAUAGAAAAGUUCAAACUGCUAACGCAAGUGAGAAAACUCAGAAGGCAAGUGAAGAAGUCAGAGUAGAUUCGGAUGUCAAGCAAUUAGCAAACGGUGGUAUUGCUAAAACAACAACAACAACAACUAUUAAAAAAGUAGGAUCUGCUGCAAGAACUGCUAACGCUACAACAACUGUAACCCGUACUAAUACAGCAGUUACAUCUAGAGAUGUUGGCGCUAAAUAAAUGUGAUACUCAAGUUUAACUUUAUGCCAUAAUAUUAUUUAUUUGUUAUGAGUUUUGCACUGCAUGACUAUCAUAUAAUUAAGUAAACAGCUUUUUUUCGAUAAGAAAAUGUAUUAAUAUUUUCCUCUAUUUAAAUAACACGAAUAAUAACUAAUCAAAUGAAUAAAGAGUUGAUAUUA